GCUGUCUUGGGCAUUAUUGAAGUGAAAGAUAAAAGAAGAAGAAAAAAACACGCUUGAUUAUUUUACACGCGUCUUCUAAUCCUUAUGAAGUGACGUGCUUAUUUUCUUUCUCUUUUCUCUCUUUUUAUCUCUUUAUCUUUUUUUUUCAAACCAUGAGUGAUACUUCUUCACCAACUUUAAAACCUGACGAAUAUACAAAGGGACUUGACCAAGAACAUAUUAAAAAACUAACAGAAGAUGCCUAUAAACAUUUUACUGAAUACACAAAAGCAGAGCUAAAGUUGACGGUAGAGGAUUGUCAAUUGCUUGAGACUAUGAACAAAGCAACACAGGAAAAAUAUGCUCAAUUAGGGCAAAUGAAUCAGCGUAUUAUGAAAGAAAUCUCGGGAUUACAGGCAAAUUAUGCUGAUUUCUCAGGAUUUCUUAAACAGAUUGAUACGCUACAUCAACAAACAAUUCAACUGGAAAAAACAGCAAGAGCACUCAAUGAUUACUCCAAAUAUUUAGAAAACAAACUUUUGAAGGUCCAAAAAUAAAAAAUCAUGACUCACAAUGUCAAAGAGUCGUGACUUGAAAUGGAGACUUAAAAUUUUAGAGAUAAUCAUGAUCCUGUUU